UUACGCGUUUGAUGUACAAGUCUGCGCAUAACGUCCCGUUCAGAGGUGAAAAGGAUCAAGGGGACGCAGCACAACUCAAAUCAGGCGUCACUCUUCCAAGCCAGCUGGUCUGGCUUAGUCAAUGCGGGCCAUUUCCUUGCAUGUGUUAUACACGGUUAGUUUUCUCUAUAGACCAGAAAGAGCUUGAAAAACUUGGGCCACAGCAGGCACUGGAGGGUGUGACUUCCUGGGGAAGCCUGAAAACGGCACAGGACAGCAACUCCAGCGGUAGCUCGCGCUCACCGGACAUCUUUCGUGCAUAAUGAAGUACAGCCGGAAUUUUUGAACUGAGCGGAGCGAGUGCAGAGAAGAAAUCCUGGUUUGACCCCCCCCCCACCCCCAGCCCAACACCAAAAAGAGAAGAAAAAAAAACAGAGAGAGAGAGGGAGAGAGACAGAGAGAGAGAGAGGGGAACAAAAGCAUAAAGUUAUUUGGUGAAAAGAAAUAAAACAAAGGACGGGGACAAUGGGGAGGAAAAAGAUUCAGAUUACGCGGAUUAUGGACGAGCGCAACAGACAGGUGACGUUCACUAAGCGGAAGUUCGGCCUGAUGAAGAAGGCCUACGAGCUGAGCGUGCUGUGCGACUGCGAGAUCGCCCUCAUCAUCUUCAACAGCACCAACAAGCUGUUCCAGUACGCCAGCACAGACAUGGACAAGGUCCUGCUCAAGUACACCGAGUACAACGAGCCCCAUGAGAGCAGGACCAACUCCGACAUCGUUGAGACAUUGCGAAAGAAGGGGCUAAACGGCUGCGACAGCCCCGACCCGGACGCAGACGACUCGGCGUUAAGCAAGAAGGACAGCAAAGGCGACGAGAGCCUGGAGCUCGAGUCUGCACUCGCUCUCACUCCACGCACAGAGGAGAAAUACAAACAGAUUAACGAAGAGUUUGAUCAUAUGAUCAAGACUCAUAAGAUCCCCGCCGUGCCCCCCUCCAACUAUGAGAUGCCUGUGUCCAUCCCAGUGAGCAAUCAGAUCUACAGCCACCCUGGUGGUUCCCUAGGCAACCAUAACCUGGUCCCAUUGGCCCACCACAGCCUACAGAGGAACAGCAUGUCCCCCGGAGUCACACACAGACCUCCAAGUGCAGGUGGUCUGAUGGGGGCCGAUCUCACCACGGGCCCUGGCACCAGUGCUGGUAAGGAUGGCAUCCCCACCUACUACAGAAACGGCUACGGAAACCACCGUAAUUCUCCUGGCUUGCUAGUGUCCUCGGGGGGCAUGAACAAGAACAUGCAGGCCAAGUCUCCCCCGCCCAUGAACCUGGGAAUGGGCAGCCGCAAGCCUGACCUGCGUGUGCUCAUCCCGCCCGGGGCCAAAAACAACAUGCCCUCCAUCAACCAGAGAAUAAACAACUCCCAGUCUGCGCAAUCACUGGCCACCCCUGUGGUUUCGGUGGCCACGCCAACCCUUCCCGGCCAGGGUAUGGGCGGUUACCCAUCAGCCAUCUCCACCUCGUACGGUACUGAGUACUCACUGAGUAGCGCCGACCUGUCCUCCAUAUCCGGCUUCAACAGUGGCAGCAGCCUGCACCUUGGCUCCAUGAGCGGCUGGCAGCAGCAGCACCUCCAGGGCAUACCGCACUCCACCCUCGGCCAGCUGGGAAAUUGCACUAGCACUCACUUAUGUCAGGGUUCAAAUCUCUCCCUGCCCUCUACUCAAAGCCUGCACAUCAAGUCCGAACCUGUUUCUCCUCCUAGAGACCGCUCCAGCAGCGCCACGCCCGCCGGGUACGCCCCGCCCCCCUCUCACCAGCAGCAGCACCAGGGCCCGCCCCCGCAGGCGCGGCAGGACUCGGGCCGCUCGCCCGCCGACAGCCUCAGCAGCUGCGGCAGCUCGCACGAGGGCAGCGACCGCGACGAGCAUCGGCCCGACUUCCACUCACCCCUUGGAAUGGGCCGCCCCGGGCUGGACGAGCGCGACAGCCCGUCUGUCAAGCGCGUCCGCCUGUCUGAGGGCUGGGCCACAUGAUAAGCCACACCCCCCAGUCACCUUAACAGCCCCUCCCCCCCUUGAGCUUGGCCCACUCAUGCGAUGUUACGUGCCGUCACGCCAUUCACACACUCUCUCUAGAUUUGGCUUUCAUGACAAGCCGCUGACUCCGCCCCCCACCCCCCCACGUUCUGUCAGCCGCAUGAUACAGGGAAAAGGCGUCUUCUAAAAUUCAGCUGUAAGGACCCUGUUCUCUUUUUUGAAGAGUGUGUCUGAUAUAUAUAAUAAUGCGAUUUGAUGGGUGUUGGGAAAGUAAAGAAAGGGAGGGGCUAAUAUAAGGGUUGAGAAAGGGGUUUUUGCAGACGAGGUUACUAUGCAUAACCUGCGCUGUGUGUGGAUUUGACUUUUCGAGAAUUUACCAUAUAUGCAUAUAUAUGUACACGUGUGUAGGUGUACAUAUAUGCAUAGCAACAAAAGUCAGGUACUCUUGAUUUUUUUGUAAAAGUACUUAAAGCUUUCUUCAGUGAUAUUCAGCCAUGGGAGAAGCUCAGCCGAAGGGCGUGACGGAGUUGACAGGCUAGCACUUGGGUUGUUCCUCCAAUACUAUGUGUACAGAAUCAUUUUUGUCACCGCUCUCUUCAGAGUGGUCCCUUGCUAAAUGUAUGCUAUGAUUGACAAUGUCAUGUUGCAGGUUCAACGUAUUGUACAUAGAGAUCAGGCAGGGACAAGGGGGUGGGGCGGGUCGAGGUUGCCAGACGUUGCAAAUUUAACGCAAAUGAAAGCUUUUAUGCAAGAUUUUUUUGAAGGAUUGUACAGGUAUACAAGCCCCUUAGGUUUGAGUCAAGGAGAAGGAGUAUUUAAAAACAUAUGAUGAAUCAAGCUCCUCUGUUGAAGAAAGGGGAGUGGUAAUAGCAGGACUGAAUAGCAGUGAGUAGAUGAAGGACCAUACCUUAAAAUAAGAGCCAUGUUAGUUUAUUCUGAUGAAAUUAAAAAAAACUUAGGACUUGCUUUAAAUGUUCAGUAUUUAAAAAAAAGAAAAGAAAAAAAAGAAACAAUUGUAUGAUACACUUGCUUAUAUUUUCAUAUAAAAGGAAUACAAUGCAAAGCAUUUUUGUGGCUUUUUGUAGUUUCUAUAAGCCAGAAUGUGUUUUGAUAGCUUUGCUUAUAUGAAGACCGUUAGUUGUACAAGAGCGAGUCAUUUUGGGCUUUUCAAACCUAAGCCACGAACCCGUGCUUUGCUCAACAGAUUGUUUUGGGGGUUUUUUGUUUUUGUUUUGUUUUUGUUUUCAUUUUGUAGAGUUUUUUGUUUGUUUGUUUGUUUGUUUUCAAACGUGUAUUUCUAAUUAUAUUGAAUAAUAAUAUUAAGAUUCUUUUUAAAAAAAAUCUGUGAAAUUAACAUGCUUGUGUAUAGCUUUCUAAUAUAUAAAUAUAUAUGAUAAUAAUUAUGGUCAUAGCAUUUUCUUUUUCAGUGUGAGGUUUCAUAAGUACAGUUGCACAUGUUUGUUCUGUCAUUUUCAUUCUUUCAUUUUGCUCCAUAAAGAAUCUUUCAGGGGCAGCUCAGCCAGAACUUUCGAUUUAGCUUAAAUUAUUCACACAGCGAUGCUCAUGAAUAUUUAGUUUGGGACAGACCCGCCUCUUGGCAUAGUAAUGGCGUGAUGUCACUCAGGUGCAGAUUGUUAAUCCCCUGAAGUAAGAACAGCUCUAAUCCCAAUCCCGUUUUUGCGCUUGUCAAGUAAUAAAAAUGGAAUUCUUGACAAACAUUUGAAUAUGGUAGAAUAUUGAAUUUCUUACUAGUUUCUUAACCAAUUGUCUGCCUGCUUAUAUUUAUAUGUAACUUUCAGUGAGCACAAGAUAUUUCUCCAGAUCUGUGCUUCGGUUCUGAAGAAGCACAAGCUUUCUGCACACCACAGCAGAUGGAACUCAAACUCGUAAAACUAAUUGACAGUUUCACUUGAAUUGACAUUGCACUGAAAGAUUUGAAAAGCAUGAGAAGUAAGUGAAGUUUCUCGAUUAUUUUGUGCUUUCAUGGAUUCGUAGUUUCAACAAGGCUGGUUUUGUGAACCCUUUGGUUAUGUGUGUUUAGUUCAUUUGUAUCAUUUUGUUCUUUUCAAUUCACACAAACACACACACUUUUCUUCUGAUCAUGGUGAGAUCUCUGGAGAUGAUGUAAUUUUUACCACAUGCUUUGUGUGGUUUAGAGAUUGGACAUUUGUUGAUAUCUUUUCUACCAAAGACAUGGAGCAGUGUUUGUUUUGGCUUUAUUAUAUUGCAUUUUCUUUGGGUUGGAGAAAGCUGUAUUUCUUAAUCGGUUGUUUUGCUUUGUGUAAUUUACAAUAAUACUGGUACCUCAUGUCCCCUUUCAGUACCUCAGAUUACCAUACAGCCAAUUGUGAUAAGGAAUGGGGUAGAGAAAAAUGGGAAAGAGAGAAAAGCCAACAAAUGUACAGUAUUGUGAAAUAUUAUGCCAUUGUUUGUUCUAUAAAUCUCACUUAAUGUCCACGUACGACUCCCUGGUUCACUCUUUUUGGUUUGCUGUUCUUUUUCUUAAAAAAAAAGUUUCCAUCAAAAAAAAAAAUCAAAUAACAAAAAACGUUGAAAAAAAAUCUGUAGUAACAAAUGCAAAUGUAGCUUAUAUAAACCUGCCAUGGGUAAGGCUGAACCUUCUUUUGUCCUUUUCAUUUCUUUUUUUAACCAGGAGAAAGGUUUUCAGCGGCAUAAGCUGGACUUUGUCGCCACUUGAAGACAAGAUGUCAUUAAAUUAAAAAAAAACAUCUCUGUAUCUCAAGGGACUUGAUUCAGCUGUAUGUAGUGAAAAAUUAAUGUAUGGAUUAAAAAAAAAAAAACGUUUCUCCUGCUGGGAUUCAAAAAGGUAUUUGUAUUUUGCAGAGAAUUCAGUAAAGUUACUGGCUUUCUUAGUUA